AUGGCCAGGGACUGGGCCGGCUUCUCGGAGCAGGAGCUUCGGAAACUGCAGGGGAAGCGCCCAGAGCCUUCAGGGCCGCCACCUGAACAGCAGCAUCGUCCACCUUGUGUAAACAAAAGUCGGCAACAGCUGCAGCGCAAAAAGGCUGUACAGCAGCUACUACGUGACCAACUAGCAGGGCAAGAUGGAGCAGUUUUGGCAUCUCCAGAGCAGCAGCUUUCUGUACCCAAACUCACACCCUUUGCUCCCCAGACAUCUGUGCCCCCCUCCCAGUCUCCUUCAAACAGAGAGCAGCAUAAUGCCAAAAACCAACUUGAACUUGAGCAGUCUUCCAAUGGUGAUGAAAGAACCCAGAAUCACGCCGCAGAGCCGAGCCAUAACUCGGCGAGAAAGAAAAUGGAAUUGCGAGAGAAGUCUCGUUGGGAGGUCCUACAACAGGAACAGAAGCUUAUGGAAGAGAAGAACAAACGCAAGAAAGCUCUCCUAGCCAAAGCAAUUGCUGAAAGGUCCAAACGGACACAGGCUGAAACGGUGAAAUUGAAGCGGAUCCAAAAAGAGCUCCAGGCUCUGGACGACUUGGUAUCUGCUGACGUUGGGAUUCUGAGAAACCGGAUCGACCAAGCAAGUUUGGUCUACUCGACUGCUCGGAAGCGUUUCGAUAAGGCGGAAGUGGAGUACAUGGCUGCGAAGCUGGACCUCCAGAAGAAAACGGAAGCCAAGGAGCAGCUGACGGAGCACUUGUGCACGAUCAUCCAGCAGAACGAGCUGCGCAAGGCCAGGAAACUGGAGGAGUUGAUGCAGCAGCUAGAGGUGGCGCUGGAUGAAGAGAACCUGGAACUCGAGAUUGAGGUGGAGCAGAUGCUGCUGCAACAGGAGGGGGGCGCACUUGGGCAGGCGGUCCAGUUGCAGAAUCCUGCUCCUGUUGGGGUGGAGGUGGCUGCCCCCCAGGGUAACAGCCAAGAACACAAGAAUGAAAGCCACCAAGCUGGGAGUUCAGAACAGUUAGCGGAACAGACUGCAGAUUCUCAUCCUGGGGACCCGGGUCAUGUAAUGCGAUAA